AUGGGUGUUGACAAUGACGCAAGGAGCAGGCUAGACAAUCUCUCUGCCACCUCGCCCCAACCAGGUGAGAACCCGUACUCGGCCUUCAUUAACGCCUGCCACGACGAUCCCGCCGAGAUCCAGCUGCUCUACUCUGCGCACCGUACAAGGCGAAACGCCGAGCAAAAGGAGAAAUUCCUCGCCCCCGACUUCGCCGGCCUGUCCAUUGACCAGACCAUCCUGCGGCUGGAGCGGCCACAUGUCGAGCCCGGGUUCAAGGAUGAGCGCAACUGCCUGGUGUUUUGGGCGAGGCCGCCCAACCACGUCGUGCAGUUGGCGGCCAAGUUGCAGGAUUUGCUGAGGAGAGCUGCCCCGGGAACAUGGCUGAUGCCCACGCACCGGAUGCACAUGACGACGCUGGAAGUGGCAUUCUCCAAAACACCCCAGGAGAUAGGGGAGCUGGUGUCCGCCAUGCGCCCCGGCAUUCCGGGCAUUGCGUCCUACACGCACCUCCAUCGCGCGCGGCUGGUGAAGCCCAUGGUAUCGUAUGAUACGUCUGCCUUUGCCGUGUCCUUCCUGCCGGCGUCUGGGGAAGAGGCGCUGUCGCCGCCCCCGACUGCCCCCGACGCUCCGGCCGACACCAUCGUCCAGGGCGACGGGUACACCUAUCACCACCUGCGGCGGGACGUGUUUGACAAGAUCCGGGAGGCUGGGCUGCAGGUCGGCUCGCGCUAUCAGGUGCCCAGUGCGCACAUCACGCUGGGCCGAUUCUUGGAUGAGGCGGAUCACGACACGCCUGAGAAGAGGGCCGCGUGGGUGAAUGCUGUUGACGACAUUAACCGGUGGUUGGAGAGGGAGGUGUGGGAUAGGAAGGAUGCCGAGUACAUUGGUGAAUGGGUCGUUGGCCACGAGAAGGGCCUGGAUGCGAGGAGUGGCACUCUGUGGUAUGGCGGUGGUAGGACUAUUUUGCUGGGUGAGGGAUUCUAG